UCGGCUGCUUCUGUUGGAAUGGAGAUUUUUGUUACCUUGCUGUUGAUCCUAUGGAUCUUGUUUGAUGUCAACUAUUUCAUCUAUGCCUUCUUGACAUUUCUUUAUGGUUUUAUAAAGGGUUUGAUAUCGCCUAUUAACCUGAUGGACGAAAGCGUCAUAUACGGCCUCUGUAUGACGAACGACAUGGAUCUUCAGUGGCAUAUGAACAAUGGUAGAUAUCUAAGGAACUGUGACUUUGGCAGGUUCAUUCACAUUAUGGAGACCAAAAUAUACCCAACAGCCAGAAGGCUCGGGGCCAACAUGUAUCUGGCUGGGAGCAACAUCCGCUACAGGAGGUCCCUGCAGUUGUUUGAUGUCUACCGCAUCCACACCAGGAUUUUGUGUUGGGACGACAAGGCAGUGUACCUGGAGCAGAGUGUCCUGAGACACAAGGACAACUUCGUGUGUGCGGUGUGUGUGCUGAAGAUGGUGGUGGCCGGGUCUGGAAGCAACCCACAGAAGAUCAUCGACGUCAUGCAGCCGGGGUUGAAGUCUCCCGAGCCGUUGCCAGAAGUCAGCAAGUGGAUUGAGAGUAUAGCAUUGUCGAGUGAAAGAUUACGUAAAUCUUUAUGAUCUUGGAAAAGCUAGGCAUUUAAACAUGUGCGAUUGUAUCAACAAUACUUUAAAUUGUGAAAUUAAUGCAAAAAGUGCGAGUAGCACUUGGUCAUAUAAAUAAGGAAGAUGCGUUGUAUACUGAUGUCAUAAAGUUUAUUGUCAUGCCAGGUUCACUGUCCAUUUGGGUGGAAACAAUUAUAUACACGAUCUUAUAGUUACUAAUACAAUCCAGAUGCUGCCCGUCCAUGUUGUGUAGACAUCCAGCUUAUUAUCAACAGUUUUGAAUUCAUAACACUAGUACUAGUACAUAUACUAUCCCAAAAAAGAAACGCAUAGGCCAGAAAUCUGUUGCGAAAAUGCUGUAUUUUCAAACAGGUAUAACUCGUCCACAAAUAGACUUUAGUACAAGAAUUUUUACAUCGGUAUAGAA